AUGGCAUCAAGCCAGAACCUAAAAGAUCUUCAAUGGGUUCUGCACGUGAUGAAAUCCGGCAGUCUCGACCUGCACAACGUCUCCUUCUUCCUAUCCCAACCAAGUUCGGGUUGUCACCAAGAAACAGAAAAUUCCCUGAAUGUAAACAUUUCAGAAGAUGGCCUUCAGCACUUCUCUCAGCUUCUUAAAGUUUUAGGAACAGCCGAUGGCAGCCGGUCUUCAUUGAAGAACUUGGAGUUCCACCAGGUCGAAUGGGAGCUUCAACAAGUAAAAGAUCUCCGGUUGCUGCUUGAAAACAGCUUGAGAAUCAAGCAAUUAGUGUUUCAAAGAAACAAGUUUGAUACAGUGUGUUUAUCAGAGUUAACAGAUACUUUGAGGAUGAAUAAAUGCAUUAAAGAAAUCAUACUAUCUGAAUCAGGAAUUGGUUCGGAUGGAGCUGAACUCAUUUCUUCAGCUCUUAAGGAAAAUGGUAGCUUAGAAGAGUUGCAAAUAUGGGAAGACUCAAUUGGGUCGAAGGGGGCAGAAGAACUAUCUAAAAUGAUUGAAGCAAACUCAACUUUGAAAAUGUUGACGAUUUUCGACUCCAAAUCAAUUACUGCAACACCUUUAAUUUCAGCUGUUUUGGCGAGGAAUCGAUCUAUGGAGGUUCAUGUCUGGAGUGUAGAUCACAACAAGAGAAGUUCCAAGGUGGUUGAAUUCGUACCUGAGAAUAACACACUUAGGAUAUACCAUAUUGAUAUUUCAGGAGCUUGCCGAGUUGUUUGUGCCUUGGGGUGGAAUACAACUGUAAGGUCCCUUGACAUGACCGGAGUCAAGCUGAAGUCGCGCUGGGCAAAGGAAUUUCGUUGGGUACUCGAACAGAACCGAAGUCUUAAAGAGGUGAAUUUGGCUAAAACUUGCCUAAAAGACAAAGGAGUUGUUUAUGUUGCAGCAGGACUGUUUAAGAAUCAGAGUUUGCAGAGCUUGUACCUUGAUGGAAACUUGUUUGGAGGAACAGGCGUAGAACAUUUACUCUGCCCUUUGAGCAGGUUCUCAGCACUGCAAAAUCAAGCAAAUGUGACUUUGAAGUCGGUAACUUUUGGGGGACGGAAAACCAAGAUAGGCAGGGACGGGCUAGCAGCGAUUCUACAGAUGCUGACUUCCAAUCAGAGUGUAACUCGCUUCGGAAUAUAUGAUGAUGAGAGUUUGAAUGCAGACGAUAUGGUGAAAAUCUUCAAGAGCUUGGAGAGGAAUGCCACUUUAAGAUGCUUGUCUUUACAAGGUUGCAAAGGCGUGAAGGGUGAGGCCGUGCUGCAAAGUAUAAUUGAGACAUUAAAUGUCAAUCCUUGGAUCGAAGAUAUUGAUCUUGCUCGAACGCCACUGCAGAUUGCUGGGAAGGCAGAAGGAAUAUAUCAGAGACUGGGCCAGAAAGAGAGGACAGAACCAGAACCAGAUAUUGAUUUGCUCAAGGACAUGACAAUGACAGUGCCCAAGACCUGCCGAGUCUUUCUAUGUGGUCAAGAAUUUUCUGGUAAAACUACACUAUGCAAUUCCAUAUCCCAGAACUUUUCACCUUCGAAACUGCCAUACGUGAAUCAAGUAAGAACUCUGGUGAACCCUGUUGAGCAAGCUGUCAGAGCAGUGGGAAUGAAAAUAAAGACUUUUAAAGACGAAGACACAAAGAUCUCGAUAUGGAAUCUUGCCGGGCAGCAAGAGUUCUAUUCACUGCAUGAUAUCAUGUUUCCAGGGCAUGGCAGUGCAUCCUUCUUCCUAAUCGUAUCCAGUUUAUAUAGGAAGCCGAACAAUAGAGAACCGAAGACACCCAAAGAGAUAGAAGAAGAUCUCAAGUACUGGCUCAGGUUUAUUGUUUCCAACUCAGGACGAGCAGUGCAGCAAUGUAUGCUGCCUAAUGUCACUAUGGUGCUCACACACUAUGACAAGAUCAACCAACCAUCUGAUAACUUACAAGCUACUGUAAGUUCAAUUGAAAGAGUAAGGGAGCAAUUUCAAGGUUUUGUUGAAUUCUAUCCAACUGUAUUUACUGUUGAUGCAAGAUCAACUGCAUCUGUGAGUAAACUCAGUCAUCAUCUCCGGAAGACAAGCAAAACGGUUCUUGAAAGAGUUCCGCGAGUUUAUCAGCUUUGCAAUGAUCUCGUAAAAAUUUUAUUGGACUGGAGACUAGAAAACCGCAACAAGCCAGCAAUGAAGUGGAAGGAGUUUGGGGAGCUAUGCCAAGUGAAGAUCCCAUCCCUAAGAAUUCGCUCGAGACACGAUAAUAAGGAGAAGGUGGAGAUGAGGAGAAGGGCAGUUGCCACCUGUCUUCAUCAUAUAGGUGAGGUGAUUUAUUUUGAUGAAUUGGGGUUCUUAAUCUUGGAUUGCGAGUGGUUUUGUGGAGAAGUACUUGGUCUGCUAACAAGAAUAGAUGUCAAAAGACAAAGUUCAACUGAAAAAAGUGGAUUCAUAAGCAGAAAAGAGUUAGAGAAGAGUAUAGCUGGAAGUUUGCACAAUCACAUUCCUGGAAUGGGGUCAAAUGUUUUCGAGAACCUGGAUGCCAGCGAUCUUGUAAAAAUGAUGUUGAAACUGGAACUCUGUUAUGAACAAGAUUCAUCCGACCCCAAUUCACCUCUACUAAUCACCUCCAAUCUAGAAGAAGGCAGGUGGAAACCUCAGAGGUGGCAGGUGAACACUUCUGAUUGCAUUUACAUAGGGAGACAUCUUCACUUGGAUGAUUCGAGCCACAUGUUUCUCACGCCAGGCUUCUUUCCCCGCUUACAGGUACACUUACACAACAAAAUCAUGGGGUUAAAGAAUCAACAUGGAGCAUCGUACAGCCUUGAGAAGUAUCUGAUCUCUAUAAGCAUAAACGGCAUCUACAUACGCGUGGAGCUUGGUGGACAACUGGGUUAUUACAUUGACGUACUUGCAUGCUCGACCAAAAACCUAACGGAAACACUUAGACUCUUCCAGCAGCUCAUAAUACCAGCAAUCCAGAGCCUCUGUCAUGGGAUUACUCUGAUUGAAAACGUUCUUCGUCCAGAAUGUGUUAAAAAUCUAACACCCCCCAGAUACAGGAAAAAUCAAUAUGUUCCACUGCAGCAAUUGAAACAGGCGCUGCUCUCAGUUCCUGCAGACAGCAUGUAUGAUUAUCAGCACACUUGGGAACCAUUGAUGGAUUCUGGCAGCCCUGUUCCAGGAUCUGAUUUUGAUUUUGCUAGGAAUUUGCUAUCAGAUGAUGACUUCCGAGAAGUACUUCACCGUAGGUACCAUGACCUACAUAACCUUGCUGUAGAACUUCAAGUUCCAUUGGAAAUCGAUCCAGAGCAGCCUUCAACUGGCAGUGAAGAAAUAGAUGGUUCGAUUGAGCCAACAUUUGCUGGGAUAGCCAAGGGUGUCGAAACAGUUCUGCAGAGACUAAAGAUCAUUGAACAAGAAAUCAGAGAUAUAAAGCAGGAAAUUCAAGGUCUGAGAUAUUACGAACACAGGCUUUUGAUUGAACUUCAUAACAAAGUGAACUACCUUGUGAACUUCAAAGUUCAACUUGAAGAAAGAAAAGUACCAAAUAUGUUCUAUUUUGUCAGAACUGAGAACUACUCAAGGAGAGUAGUCACCACCAUGAUUUCAGGCAUGACUGCACUCCGGCUGCAUGUUUUAUGUGAAUUUCGACGGGAAAUGCACGUGGUUGAAGAUCAGGUUGGUUGUGAACUAAUGCAAGUGGACAACGUCACAGUGAAAUGCCUUGCUCCAUAUAUGAAAAAGUUCAUGACACUUUUAACAUUUGCCCUGAAGAUUGGAGCCCAUUUAGCAGCAGGGAUGGGAGAAAUGAUACCUGAUCUUGGAAGGGAGGUGGCACAUCUGGUUGAAUCUCCCACUCUUUACGGGGCAGCCGGUGCAGCAGCUGCUGGAGCUGUGGGGGUUGCUGCAUUAGGAAACAGGAACAGAAGCAAGGGCUCAAGGGACAUUCAACAAGAUCUUAAAGCGGCUCAGCAAUGGAUGGUGGACUUUUUAAGAGAUCGGAGGUGUUCAACUGGAAAAGAUAUUUCGGAGAAGUUUGGACUGUGGCGAGUCAGAUACAGGGAUGAUGGCCAGAUUGCAUGGGUUUGCAGGAGGCAUAUGUACACAAGAGAAAAUGAAAUUAUUGAAGUACCGAUCUAA